UGUAACCCUUUGUAUGUUCGUGAUCAAUUCAGUUAGAAGCGACGGUCACUGUUUUACAAAAUGGACGAAUGGACGCUGGGUUUCCGUUGGAGAUUGUAGCAAUCCUAGUGCCGAAGAUUUUCUUCAAAAAAUGAGAAAAAAUGUGGAAGCAAAAGAAGAACUCAAGACCUGGCACAGAGCAAGUAACGGACUCUACUACGAACUAUUCCACGAUAAAGUCAACUACACAACUGCUAAGUCAUACUGUCAGAAACGAGGGGGAGAUCUGGCUUCUACUGGCAUAAGAAAUACUACAAUCAAAGGCGAAAUAUUGCCCUUGCUUGAAACCGGCAAAUACAACACAUGGAUUGGUUUGAGUAAAGUGGAAGGUAAAUUCAUCUGGGCUGAUGGUGUGGUUUCAACACAAAAUAAUACUGACUGGUAUUCAGGAGAGCCGAGCAAUGGGGCCGGUAACAUUCCAGAAAAUUGCGUAAAUUUUCGGAUUGAUUAUUCUUGGAAGCUGAACGAUGUCCCUUGCGAUUUAAAUAUGAAAUAUAUAUGUGAGGCAAGUUUUUAAAAAUGUCUUCAAUUGUGUUUCUUGUUCUUACUUUGUCAUUGGUUAAAAUACCGCAAACAUUAUCAUUUUAAAAAGCCACUA